AUGGAUCUGGGAGCAAGUCCCUACGAGGCAAAGCCUUUCCGUCGGCACCGCUCCUCGCUCGAAGGCACGAUAAUCCUGCUCGCCGGAACUCCCGCCAUGUUGCCAGAAGAUACGAGGGCGAAGGCCGAACGGCCGCAGCAGGGCUACAACCGCCCCGCGCUUGUCCGCCUCACCUACGAAUACACAAUUUCCGACCAUUCCAAAAGCCUCUUUCUGUCAAGCUUUUUCGAGUCUCUGGCCCUUUCACUCGCCGGCAAUGCCACGGAUCCCGACGUCGACUUUGGGAACCCGGAAGUGAAGGCGGCCCUCGGCACUUCGGUGGACGCUUUCGCAGAGUACCUGAUGAACAGCUUCUUCUUGCCGCUCAUGGCCGCUUCGAACAAGACGCCCCAGCCGUCCCCCAUAACCCACUCCGCCGUCCAGAGGGCCCAAGGCUCCUCUUUACCACAAUCCUUCGCCGGUACGCCAGAUCGUCUCUCGUCUCUCCGUGGUGUUUGUCUCACCCGCAAUCACCACCGCUGCGUAAUUUCACGAAAUUUCGACACUGCGGAGGCCCUACGUCGAUUUUCAGCGGCAAAAGACGGCAAUGCUCUGGACGAUGAUGACUCUCCGAUCGACCCGCAUGAGCUCCGGCCUUUGGAAGUGGCUCACAUCCUCCCGCAUUCACUAGCCAAAAGUUCUCCAGACUCCGUCUUAAGUCCUGCUAGAAAAGCGGCCCUGGAUAUUCUGAACAUGUUUGAUGUGGGAGUUGUGCACCUGAUCGAAGGCGCCGACAUCGACCGGCCCUACAACGCAAUCAGUUUAUCUCAUGAUCACCACCUUGCAUUCGGCUCUUUCAAAAUCUUUUUCGAUCAUUUUCCCGACGGGCAGCCCCCGCAUACUUAUCGCAUUGAUGCGUUCAAUCGAUAUCUUAAGCCAGCUUUAGGCUUGCCCGUCAUUCGGACUCUCCACACCACCGAAGAUAAGACCAUCGACCCGCCUUUACCUCGUCUACUCGCUAUUCAUCGCGCGAUCGGGCACAUCCUGCACCUUUCGGGGGCGGGGGAUUACAUCGACAGGGUUCUUCACGACGCCGAAGAAUUCGGAGUGCGGUCCGACGGAUCGACCGAGCUCGGGUUCCUUGUCAACUUGAGCCUGGUGCGGGUCGCUGGCAUCGGUGCGGGGGCUUAGCAGGCCAGCUCACCUGACCCAGAGCCCUGACGGAGAUACGCCGUGAACGACAGGCGGGAAGAGGGGUUCUCGGCACACCAAACCCUUUUCACCCCAGCGGUAAUGGGCGGGCUCUUGACGCUCCUAGUCCAGCAACAAACAAGCAACAACACACCACCAGCACCCUAAAAGUCGGAAGGCCGAGGCUUUU